AUGGGAUCAAGCAAUUAUAAAAUUGCAAAGGAAGAGACAGAGCAGGAUAUAGCCCAAUCUAGCACAUUAGGGACCGAACUAGAUCUAUCACCUGUGCAUAUAGACAAUUAUGAUCUAAAAGGGAGCUCACAAGAAGAAAUGUUCAAAUUCAUAGUUUCUAAUUAUGCUCUUAUGAACAGACGAAUAAAGGACACUAAAAUGAGCAUUAGAAAAGAACAAAAAAGAGCCAGCAAAACCAAAACAGUGCCACCUCAAUCACCUGACUCCACUCUCCGUGAGCGAGCAAAAAACAUUACAAAAAUCCGUAUUUUUUCCCAUAGGCCCACCCUCCUUGAGUGAUUAAAAAUUUUUUUAAUAGAAAAAUUUUUUAUGGAAAAAUUUUGAUAUAUAAGUGAUUAUAAUUAUUAUGAAAUCUCUAGCUAAUUCUGUUUAAUUUAAAACAAAAUUGCGUCUUAAAACAUAAAUUUUACAAAUUAAAUUAAUAUUUCUUUCCAAUUUUUGCGAAAUGGGAUUUUUUAAUUUUCGAUUCUAUAUAAAAUUUAUAUAUAAAUUCUUUGAAAAAAAAUUAAUUCGCUCGCUGAGGGGAAGUGAGAAACACAAACGAAAGGCUAUGCCACGCUUAACAGCUGUUGAAAAUUAA